UUUCUGUCUGUCUCAUAUUUCCAUACUAACAAUCUAGUACAACGUAAGAUAGUCAUUCUAGGCGACGGUGCCUGUGGGAAGACUUCCCUAUUGAACGUUUUCACACGAGGCUACUUUCCUCAAGUGUACGAACCCACGGUAUUUGAAAACUAUGUGCAUGAUAUAUUUAUAGAUGGCCAGUCGGUAGAGUUGUCCUUGUGGGACACGGCUGGACAAGAAGAAUUUGAUAGAUUGAGAUCCCUUUCAUAUUCUGAUACACAUUGUAUCAUGUUGUGUUUUUCUAUUGAUUCGCCAGACUCGUUAGAGAACGUCCAAUCCAAAUGGGUGGGAGAAAUAGCAGAUCAUUGUGAAGGUGUCAAGUUGGUGUUGGUAGCUUUGAAGUGCGACUUGAGAAGCGACGAAGACAACGAAAGCCAUGCCCACAUCAACGGAACUGAAGAAGAGUUUAACCCGUACUCGCAGAAUGCAUCCAACAACCAGUACCAACAGAACAAGCGAUUAAUCACAUACGAUGAAGGUUUGGCAGUAGCAAAAAAGGUUGGUGCCUUGAGAUACUUGGAGUGUUCAGCCAAAAAGAACAGAGGUGUCAACGAAGCGUUUUCGGAGGCUGCCAGAUGUGCUCUUAAUGCCCGGCCAAAAGGUGCCAACGAUAAUGAGCCUGAAAAGAAGGGCUGUACCAUCAUGUAA